UUAUCAUCAUGUUGACUUAAAGGUGUCCAGCAAUAAUGAAAAAAGUGGAAUUUGGAAAUAUCUCAAAAGGCUUAUAAAGAUAAAGCUCUUAAAGAGAAUUGAUGAUCUAAUAGCAAAAUAAUGAUGUAUUAUAAGAAAAGACGAAGUUGAAGUAAAAUAAAUGUGAAUAUUAGAUUAUUAAAUUAAAGAGUAUAAACAUAAAGUAAUGAUAAUGUAAUAAGAACAGACUUAUCAACAGCAGAGGGAUUAUAAUUAUAAGAAAAUAAAUCAGAUGAGAAAAAAUAAAAAUUUGAUAAAUUAAAGAGAUAACCACCAACCUUCUUUGAAAAGAUCCCUAAAGAUCCACUUACAUUAAUGAAUUCUACUAGAAAAAAUAAAUACAUUUAAAUAAAUAUUUUAGCAAAAUCUAAAUAAGCAGUAAAAGAUCAUAUUAUAAAUAAUAAUUUGCCACAGUAAUCACCUGCUUAGGAUGCUGCUGUUAGAGAACUUUUGGAUAGCUUUUAAACUCAAUUCAAUUUUAGAACUGCUAUAGAUGCUAAAAAGAAGAGAUAGGUAGAAGAUUUGAAAGCAAAAUAUCUUAAGACAUUUUUCAUUAAAAAUAUACCUACUAAAGAUAAAGUAGCUUAUAAGUAUUAUGGAGAAAACUAAUUUAAUUGUUUUACGAAUAGAGAUGAUCGAUUCAAAAUAUCUAGAAGUUAAAUAAAAAAUGAGUGUUAUAAUAAACCAUUCACAUAAUCAUUUUAAACAUAAACUUAAACUAUUUGCAAUGAAAGUAGUAGCUGCAAUGGAUACUGUUAAUAUCUUAGAGAACUAUACAAAAAAAAUCAUCAGAGUCUAAAACAUUUAUCAGAACUAACCUCCUCGAAUUGA